GUGAAGAUGAUGUGCGAAGUGAUGCCCACGAUCAGCGAGGACACGGCGAUGAGCCAGCGUGGCUCCCAGAGCAGCGCCUCCGACCCUGACUCGCAUUUUGAGCAGUUGAUGGUGAACAUGCUUGAUGAGAGAGACCGUCUGUUAGACACCCUGAGAGAGACACAAGAAAGCCUGGCCCUCGCCCAGGAGCACCUGCAGGACGUCAUCUAUGACCGGGACUCACUGCAGCGUCAGCUCAGCUCCGCACUGCCACAGGAGUUUGCCACCCUGACAAAAGAGUUGAACGCCUGCAGGGAACAGCUGCUGGAGAAAGAAGAGGAGAUUUCAGAGCUGAAGGCCGAGAGGAACAACACCAGACUGCUUUUGGAGCAUUUGGAGUGUUUGGUUUCGAGGCACGAACGUUCCCUACGUAUGACGGUGGUGAAACGACAGGCCCAGUCUCCUUCUGGGGUCUCCAGUGAGGUGGAGGUCCUCAAAGCUCUUAAGUCCCUCUUUGAGCACCACAAAGCAUUGGAUGAGAAGGUACGAGAGAGAUUGCGGGUGUCACUAGAGAGGGUCUCUGCCUUGGAAGAGGAGUUGUCCGCAGCCAAUCAGGAGAUUGUGGCCUUAAGAGAGCAGAAUGCCCAUAUUCAGAGGAAGGUGGCGUCAGGAGAAGGGGCUGAGGACUUGUUGGAGGGAACUGAUACCCAGAAAGUUCAUGGCAAGCGGUUGUCUAACGGGUCGAUGGAGUCGGGGGAUGAGGCCAGUCAGGUGGUGGAGCUGCAGGAGCUGCUGGAGAAGCAGAACUACGAGCUGGCGCAGAUGAAGGAGCGCAUGUCCUCGCUGUCUUCCCGCGUGUCCGAGGUGGAGCAGGAGCUGGAGACGGCUCGCAAAGACCUCAUCAAGAGCGAAGACAUGAACAACAAGUGCCAGAGAGAUAUUAAAGAGGCUAUGUGUCAGAAAGAAGACAUGGAGGAACGGAUCGUGACUCUUGAGAAGCGCUAUCUCAGUGCUCAGAGAGAGUCCACGUCACUACAUGACAUCACAGACAAGCUGGAAAACGAACUGGCCAAUAAGGAGGCGUUCCUAAGACAGAUGGAGGAGAAGAACAGGCAGUUACAGGAGAGGCUGGAGUUGGCGGAACAGAAGCUCCAGCAGACCAUGAGGAAAGCUGAGACUCUGCCUGAAGUUGAGGCUGAGCUAGCACAGAGGAUAGCAGCUCUCACCAAGUCUGAUAAGGAACCUAAACUCCAGGACAUGAACUGCAGUCUUAGGAAGGCAGAGGAGAGACACGGCAGUAUCGAGGAGCGUAUGAGACAUUUAGAGGGACAGCUGGAGGAGAAGAACCAGGAACUGCUCAGGGCUCGACAAAGAGAGAAGAUGAACGAAGAACACAACAAGCGUCUGUCAAACACUGUGGACAGACUCUUGACAGAGUCGAAUGAACGUUUACAGCUUCAUCUGAAGGAGAGAAUGGCCGCUCUUGAGGAUAAGAAUGUGUUAAUUCAAGACUCCGAGAACUACAGGAAGCAGUUAGAAGACUCAAUUCAAGAAAAGUCUCAUCUCGCGGAGGAGAUUGAGAAACUGAGAUCUGAACUGGAUCAGUACCGAUUGAGGGCCGGAUCCCUUACAGAGCCCACGCUGUCACGGUCUCAUCUGGAUGCAUCUGGAGAUUUGCUUUUCUCUCUGGGUUCUCUUGCUGAGACGCAAUCGGACCAUUAUCGCUCCACUAAGGUGAUCCGCAGGCCCAGGAGAGGGCGCAUGGGGCUACGUAGGGACGAACAGAAGGCUCUGAGUGAGCAUGAAUGGUGCUCUCAGCAAAUUGGUGUUCUCACUGGUCAUCCAUACGAGAGUGACACAGAGAUGUCGGAUAUUGAUGAUGAUGACAGAGAGACCCUUUUCAGCUCGAUGGAUCUUUUGUCUCCUGGAGGACAUUCAGAUGCUCAGACUCUGGCAAUGAUGCUGCAAGAACAACUGGAUGCCAUUAAUAAAGAGAUCCGGCUCAUUCAAGAAGAGAAGGAGACAACAGAACUGAGGGCAGAGGAAAUCGAGAACCGCGUGGCUAGCGUGAGCCUGGAGGGGCUGAACCUGGCGCGAGUGCACCAUCCUGGAGCCUCCAUCACUGCCUCAGCCACCGCUUCCUCCCUCGCGUCAUCCUCCCCUCCCAGCGGACACUCCACCCCCAAACUCACCCCGCGCAGCCCUGCCCAUGACAUGGAGCGCAUGGGGGUCAUGACACUGCCCAGUGACUUGAGGAAACACAGGAGAAAGAUCGCAGCGGUGGACGAGGAUGGUCGAGAGGACAAGGCCACCAUCAAAUGCGAGACCUCACCACCUCCCACACCUCGCCAAGUCCGCAUGACCCACACGCUACCUGCCUCUUCGCACAAUGACGCACGCCUGACGGCUACAUUAGAGACAGAGGCCAGCGCUCUGAGCAGUGUAGCCAGCAGUCAGGACUCCCUCCACAAACAGCCAAAGAAGAAGGGCAUCAAGUCCUCCAUUGGACGACUGUUUGGGAAGAAAGAGAAGGCCAGACUGGGGCAGCUGAGGAAAGAGAUGAUGGGACCAGGACUAGUAGGGAAUGUAUCCGACCCUGAGCUUCUGGCUCAAGAUAUUGCAGUGGGAAAACUGGGAACACAAGCAGAGAAAGAUCGCAGGCUUAAAAAGAAACACGAGUUACUGGAAGAAGCCAGAAGAAAAGGGUUACCUUUUGCUCAAUGGGACGGUCCUACUGUUGUCGCAUGGUUGGAGCUGUGGCUUGGGAUGCCAGCAUGGUACGUUGCAGCUUGUCGUGCCAACGUAAAAAGCGGCGCUAUCAUGUCGGCCCUGUCGGACACCGAGAUCCAGAGAGAGAUAGGGAUCAGCAACCCUCUGCACCGCCUCAAACUGCGCCUGGCCAUCCAGGAGAUGGUCUCGCUCACCAGCCCUUCAGCUCCCCCUACAUCUAGAACCCCGUCAGGUAAUGUGUGGGUCACCCACGAAGAAAUGGAGACACUUGCCGCCCCCUCCAAAACGAAGUCAGAGUCAGAGGAGGGGAGCUGGUCACAGACGCUGGCAUAUGGGGACAUGAACCACGAGUGGAUUGGGAACGAGUGGCUGCCCAGUUUAGGUCUACCUCAGUACCGCAGCUACUUCAUGGAGUGUUUGGUGGAUGCGCGCAUGCUGGACCAUCUCACCAAGAAGGACCUCCGAGUGCAUUUAAAAAUGGUGGACAGCUUUCACAGAACCAGUCUGCAGUACGGCAUCAUGUGCCUGAAGAAGCUCAACUACGACAGGAAGGAGCUGGAGAGACGCAGAGAGAGCAGCCAGCAGGAGAUAAGAGACGUGCUGGUGUGGAGUAAUGAGCGCGUGACCCGCUGGGUCCAGAGCAUCGGUCUCCGUGACUACACCAACAUCCUGCUAGAGAGCGGUGUGCACGGGGCGCUCAUAGCACUCGACGACAACUUUGAUUACAGCAGCCUGGCCCUGCUGCUACAGAUCCCCAACCAAAACACUCAGGCUAGACAAAUUCUGGAGAGAGAGUACAACAAUCUGCUGGCACUGGGAACCGAGAGACAGUUAGAUGAGUGCGACGAGAAAGACUUCCGAGGACCGUCAUGGAGGAGGCAGUUUCCUCGGCGGGACAUCCACGGGAUCAGCAUGAUGCCCGGCUCAGCAGAGACCCUGCCCGCUGGCUUUCGCCUCACUGCCACCUCCGCACACUCACGCAGACUGCCACCAGAGGUUGGCCCAUUGGCAAUACAGCGUCUGGACAGCUCCACUGUGAGGACCUACUCUUGCUGAGAGAACAUGAAUACUAUUAAGCUUCAUACCUUCAAGUUGGCCUAAACAAACAAUUCUGAUGAGUCACACUGCCAAGAGAACGACAGAAGCCUGUGGAGGACUGUGAGGAG